CUGGUUUUGAUUCAACUAUUCAUGAAUAUACAAGUGAGUCGUUGUGUGAUCUGUACAAAUAAUUUGGGUUUGGAGUACCACGUGGAACGAACGUCCGAGACCCAUCUGACUUUUUCUAUAAACGCAUGUUGUCCUUGCCGUGCUCAGCCAAUCCGAUACCAGCUUCCAAUGUGCGGGUUGGUGGACGUUGUGGAAAAGAUCAACGACAUUACGUCAGAGACCAGCGGUGUUCGUCAGUCUUUUGCGUCGACAAUAUAUGGAGGGAACGAAAUUUGCUUACAGGCGCAACAUAGUGAUAUUGAUGUCAACUAUGGGAACAUUACGAGCGCUCUUCUAUACUCCUACCAAAAAUUGACAGAAAUCGCGCUCAAAUUCUACACCAUCGAACACCACAACAGUUCGCGAAUUGGCGUCACUUCCAGUUUGACAUCCGACAUUGGAGACACCCUCUGUCUCCUUCAGUCACUGCUGGGUGAUUCGGAGAUGCCCGAGUCUGUCUACAGGAUCAGACAGAGCGUGACCGAUAUGGACAUCAGUGAAAUGGUACCUUACACGUGCAGGACUCUAUCACAAAGCAUCACCGGGCUCAACUCGAUAGCAGGGAGCAUGCGCACUACCCUUUUGACAAAUUUGAAUGAUUUUGCAUGAAAUUCGUAUUGAUGUUAAAGUUGU